CUUACCCACCUCUAUUUUAAGAUCUACUGCCCUCACACAUUUUCCCCCAACAACUCCCUCUAGGGUCUUCCCCUCCCCCUCUCCUUUCCUCUCCUCUCUCCUCCCAUGGAACAACCACUCAGUGUAGAUGCUGAGGCUCAAACCACCACCACCACCACCUCCUCCUCCUCCUCCUCUUCUUCUUCGGCUGUAAAGAUUUCAUCAGACAUCCCAGGGAGAAAAGAAGGAAAAAAUGGUGACAAGAGUAGGAAAAGGGGUAAGAGUGGCAGUACUAAUAGUGUGAAAGAUGGGAGGCGCCCCACAUAUCGGGGAGUACGAAUGCGGAAUUGGGGGAAAUGGGUGUCGGAAAUUCGCGAGCCCAGAAAGAAGUCUAGAAUAUGGCUCGGGACUUUCCCCACAGCAGAAAUGGCGGCUCGAGCCCACGAUGUAGCGGCGCUUACUAUUAAAGGCCACUCCGCCUAUCUCAAUUUCCCUGAACUGGCUCAGGAGCUCCCCCGCCCGGCCACCGCCUCACCUAAAGAUAUCAGAGCGGCGGCGGCCAAAGCGGCGGCAUUCCAUCAUCCGACAAGCCAUGAAGGUGAUCAAGCGGAGCUAAUUGGCUCCCAUUCCCCGGCUGCUACCGUCACAUCAAACGACUCCCAGGACUCUUCAAAUUCAGCAUUGACAGAUGACGAUGACACAUUCUUCGACCUCCCUGAUCUGUUCCUCGACGUCAGUCGUCAAUUCCAUGAGCCUCAUUACUGGCUAGGGUCGCAGCUGGCUGGAACUGAGACCAUGGAAUAUUCUUUCUCAUGGGCGUAGCAACAAGGAAGAAGACGAUCGACGACAAUUAAUUUAGCCCACUCUCUUUUGACUUCCAAAAGAACAAAACAUUUGGUGAUGAUCCCAGAAGGUGCUGGCUUGCUCCAAAUUCCGACGGCAUUCAAAUCAUCAGUGAAGCAAUUCAAUUAUGGAGCAUAUAUAUAUAUAUAUAUACAUAUAUAACUGAGCUUGGGUUCAAAUCAACAAAAGGGGCGGUCCGUGGUCGUCCACAUAUAUAUAUAAACCUCCAUUGCUGCCCUUCAGCUUCAUCAGAAGAGGUCUGAUCGAUCAUCCUUCUCAUCAUCCUUUCCAUCUUUGAACAGUCGCAUAGUAUUAGAUGACAAUUAGCCUCCAUGUACAUGAGUGAGACUGCAAUAAAAUUUUCAGCUUUCAUUGGAUUUUAUUCUUAA